CUUCUUUAUUAAUUUUAACAGGGAGACAGAGUAACCCUGCUGGGGGCCUCUUCUAAGCCCUGGAAGGUUGAGGUCAGUCUAAGAGCAGGUAGUGGCAGUAAUCCCUCGGCCACACUGGUCGGAAACACCACUGUGUCAUUCAUUGAUGGAUGGGCCAACUUCACUGGACUGGGAAUAUCCCACAGUGGAUCAGGGUACAUUUUGGAUUUCAAGGUGAUUGACCCAUCAGAAGCGACCUUCACCCUUGCCUCCUCUCCUCUCAGUGUCGCCCAGCGAUUACUGACUUCGGCCGUGACCUACACGUCACCCGACAUCUACCAGGGUAGUUCACACACCGUCAAUCUGGACAUCAGAGACAAGGACACUGGGGUGACCCUACCAGACAUUGCCUGGAGUGGCUUGAACUGGUACGUGAAUGUGACACAAAUGACUGGAAACUCCUACACAGGUUCAUUGAGUGGAACAUUCACCAAGGCCUUUAACCCGGUUACUGGUCUGGUGACCCUGAAUGACCUCCAGUUAGACACUGUAGGAAUGGCCUUCAUCAAGUUCACAGUCUACUCAGUACCGGCCCAGUAUUCUCACGAGAUCACUCAUGACCUUUACCUUUACCCGAGCGAGGCUCAGACCGUUACCAUAGAUACCACCCACACGGUGAAGAUCAAGUUUGACCGUGACUUUGCUACUUAUGGCACCACAGAGUUUGGAGCUGUGAUUGUUAACCACUUCCAGUCUAGGUACCCUUACAUGAAGAUGUCUAACCUCCAGGUCUCACAAGGAAGUGUUGUCAUUACCGUGACAGUUUCUGGCAACAGCACCACCGUCCUGGAAGUGACUGAGGCCUUAUGUACAGCCAUUAAAAGUGGCACCACCUUCACUUACAAAGGAACCACCCAUACUCUCAGUAAGACAAUGUCAGUGAAUGGGGCUGAUUACUGUGAUGAUGAGGAUGACAAGGAUAAAGAAAUCAAGAUUCUGAUGAUCGUCGGCAUCUGUAUUUCCAUCCUGCUCAUCAUUCUCAUCGUUGUGGCCAUCAUGGUCUGGAGACUCAAAGUCUACCCCAAGACAAAGACGCACAGAGGUAGUAUAUCUGGAGGAUCAGGAAUGCAUUCUGAUGGUGAUGCUGUUUACAUUGGGAAGGGCAAAGGAACAUUCUUCUUUGAGGACAGUUUCUACAGACAGGAGUACGUUUAACAGCCUGCGUACAGAAAAAUCGUUCUUAGAGGACGGUCAGAAACCACCCAUCACAACAUUCUAUGGUGCCAACAAUGGCCCACCCCCUGUCACCACAUUCUACGAGAAGGGCACUAAUGGCCCAGCACUCAGCAAACACUGCUAGAGUAACACUAUUAAACAUAGACUUUGUUUGUUAAUCUUUUUCUGCUAUAGAUAUUAAUGGGCAUGAAAGCCUUAUCUAAAACUAUGGCAAAUUAUAUACAUAUUUAUUUUUGAACAUUGAGUUAGUUAAGUUUUUGAUGUUUUGUUAACUUAUUUUCUCUAUUUUUGCCUGUGAUAUAUAGCCUGUGAUAUAAAGUUUAUAUAAGUAAUAUAUUUGUUAUUGUUGACAAUCAGCAAAAAAUUAUAAA